AAUGGAGAGACCCGGCCGAAACGGCGAGGCUCUCUCGCACCGGGCUUUUUCGCCCGGUGAUUGAUGUCCCAGAGUCAACAGUGAGCGAGAGCAGCCGGAGAGGGGAAGGAGUAGUCGGAGAGGGGAAGAAUACGGUGCCCCUUCUCUCCUUCCCCUCCCCCCUACUUUAGCCUUUCUGCGCACUUCGCCUUCAAGUCUGCGCAGCCAGGAGCCGCUGCCGCCUCCGCGCCCCUGAGCGCUGCCCCCAAACCAAGCACAGCAAGCGCCACCGCCCAGGCCCCCCCCUUCGCGGGGCCGGGUCGGGGGCCAGCAUGGAGCACCUGGGUCCACACCAUCUCCACCCGGGCCACGCGGAGCCCAUCAGCUUCGGCAUCGACCAGAUCCUCAACAGCCCAGACCAGGGCGGCUGCAUGGGGCCCGCCUCGCGCCUCCAGGACGGAGAAUACGGCCUUGGCUGUUUGGUUGGAGGCGCCUACCCUUACGGCGGAAAAGGGUGGGGGCCAUUUCAGGACACGGGCUUGGAGCCGAGGCUGACGGGAGGAUCACAGCCCUGCUCUUGGGGUCUAGUUGCUGCGCUCGCUGACUCGCGGGGUGUCGGGCCUGGGACGCCUCCUGACGCUCUGCCGCUUGCCUCUGCCGUCUGUCUGUCUCCCGCUCCAGUGGCCCUCUCACCCUUCACUGUAACACGCCGUAUAGGUCACCCCUAUCAGAAUCGGACGCCCCCCAAGAAGAAGAAGCCGCGCACGUCCUUCACGCGCCUGCAGAUUUGCGAGUUGGAGAAGCGCUUCCACCGCCAGAAGUACCUUGCCUCAGCCGAGCGCGCCGCCCUGGCCAAGGCGCUCAAAAUGACCGACGCGCAGGUCAAAACCUGGUUCCAGAAUCGGCGGACGAAGUGGAGGCGGCAGACUGCGGAGGAGCGUGAGGCCGAAAGGCAGCAGGCGAACCGCAUCCUCCUGCAGCUGCAGCAAGAGGCCUUCCAAAAGAGCCUGGCGCAGCCGCUGCCCGCCGACCCGCUAUGCGUGCACAACUCGUCACUCUUCGCCCUGCAGAACCUGCAGCCAUGGUCUGACGACUCGACUAAGAUCACCAGCGUCACGUCCGUGGCGUCGGCCUGCGAGUGAGCCUGCCUGCUCAGACCCUCAAGACCCAGGGCACAGCCAAGGGGUGGCCGAGGCCGGAGAGCCAGGACUCUCGCCAGCUCUCCCGCCUCAGACUGCGAGCAGCAGGGGAACCCCACGCCCCUCCCGCACCCGCCCACGCACUCAUGCCAACGCUGUUCUCCUUUUUGUUAGAAAAGAAAAGAGUGCGCAGGACAGGAAUACAUGGCCGCUUCCCAGAUGCCUAUGUGGUCCUGCGCCCUCUGGAACUGUUAAGAGUCCUCUGUGUCCAUUUUAUUUUAUUCUGAUUUUUAAUGUGAGACUGACAAAGGCAGGAGAGGUGGUAUAAGAGCUUCUGGGGUCCCUAGAGGACAGCAUGGGCUGUCAUUUGAACUUGCCCUGGGGGGAAACCCCUCUCUGUUUCCCACUCCUCAUCAUUCACUGACACCCACAGGCCCACACAGAGGCAAUUUCACUGUCCCUGCUGGUGUCAUCCCACAGUCACACACAGGGGACCUAUGGCAGAAUGUAAUGUCAUGCAUACACGGGACCAUAGCCUUCAUACACUUGAUCCUUACUAGCAGGCAUAGUCCAGGGGUGACCCAGAUGCAUUCUGAACAGCAUGGGACUUCUCACAAACACAAGGCCACAGCCGCACUGUGACAUACCAUCGCACACACAACAGCCACAACAGCGUCACUUGGCCUUCCAGGCCCCCAUCACACAUCCUAGCCGCACCCAGGUACGCAUAGGCAGGUUCCCACGCAAACUCAGCCUAUUUCUCCAGAUCCUGUUCGUGGGUGGGGGGAGGGGUUAAGUUAUGCACUUACAAAGGUGUUUUUCUGUGUAACCAUUUUAUAAAGUGUUGUGUGUAAUUUAUGUGAAAAAAUAAUAAAACCCUCCGGAUCCAGA